AUGCUUGCACGCCCGACCCCGGCCACUUGUCUUCCUGCAUCGGUGGUAAUGAGGCUGCUGCUCCUUCUACUCUACCUGGUUUCCCUCUUCACGAGGGCAUGGGAAUCCCAAUCCUUCUACGGAGGUCCCCAGUCCCAAUCCCUCGGCUACAUUUCCGGCUACCUGGAUGCACAGCCACCACCUCUGCAGGUGUAUGAGGGCGGUUCAAACACCGAGAGUAUGCCAUCAUCAAUUUCUUUGGCUAUUGUCUUCGACUCGACAGGAUCCAUGGGUGACGACUUGAAACAAGUCAAGUUGGGUGCCCGAAGGAUCCUUCAAAGGCAUUUGGAGAAGGGGCGGGAGGCCCUAAUUAAGGACUUCGUUUUGGUCAAAGUGCACGAUCCUGAUGUUGGACCAGCACGGGUGACAACUUCGACCAAGACGUUCUACCAGUACCUGGAAGGUGUCUACACACAAGGUGGCGGCGACUGUCCAGAAAUGACCAUCACUGGCAUUGAGAUGGCACUCGAGGCAGCCCAACCAAACUCCCUCAUCUAUGUCUUUACUGACAGCAGCGCCAAGGACUACGAUCGCCUCCCGCGUGUCUUGAAUCUCAUUCAGAAAAAACAGAGUCAGGCAAGCAGCCAGUUAGAGCUCUUAUGA